UCCCGCCCUUCUCUAAUCUCCAAGGCUGUUUUACGGAAAUUCUCACCUUUGUCCGCUGGAGGACGCUGCUGUUAAACCAAAGUUUGCUGUGGGGACUGGCUCUACUGGCUAGGACCUGUACUUGCAAGUCUGCAUUCUUUGGAAGCUGAGCUGCUUGCUCUGUGGUGUUCUCUGCUGCCCUUGAGAGUCGCUUGUUCACGUAUACGCUGGCUGCCUUUUAAGUACAUUUGGAACACAUGAAGCUGCCUGUCACUAGCUGGUUUACAAGCCGAGGCUGCAAGGCAUCCGGCUGGCCACAGUUCAAGAUGUUGGACUAGAUAGGCCUUUGGCCUGAUGAUCCAGCAGCGUUCUUCAUAGGACUUCAUAUAUCAUAGUUCCCUAGGAUACAAACCUAGACAUUAAAGCCUCACAUUAAUUGCUACGGCAAGCAUGAGUCACGACAUGAGACCUAUUUCCUGAUAAAAACAUUUGAUGACCUGUAUAGGCUUCUGCCUUUAAAAUGGCAACUAUUUAUUUGCGUCAUGGAGUAACCAUCACUGGAGCUAUCCUAUUGGUGACAGGGACACUAUGUUUUGCUUGGUGGAGUGAUGGCGAGAUGGGGGCCACCACAUCUAGCAGUGAACGAAAGAUCAUGCUGCAUGGAGAAGCCGGACCAGUGACAAGCUCUUCCUCAUCUAAUGCAGUGCUGAGGUCCAUUAGCUUCUUCUGCUGUGGAAUUGGUGGAGUCCUUCUCCUUUUUGGCCUUCUGUGGUCAGCCAAUGCUGGAAUAGUUUCUCGUCACUAUCAGUACCAUUUUUCCAGAGACCUUCAUUACUCCACCGUUGAGCCUCUUGAAAAACAGACCUGCAGCACUUGGGAGGCUAGCACCGUUCCCACCUAUGAAGAAGCUUUGAAUUGUCAGCCUGCUGAAAGUGCCCCAGACUACAUAGAGUCCAACAGUUUGAAGGAAAACAGGCCCCCCUUGUAUCAAGUGGUGGAUGAAAACAACACAUGGCAUGGUGGCCGUAGACGCAGUUCCUCUGAUAGCGUUUUGUUCCUGAAUAUUGUACCGAUGCUAGAAUCGGCAUCGUGGGAUGAAGCAAGCAUUGUCUGUGACACUCCACCACCUAGUUAUGAGAGUAUUAACUUACAUGAUGGAUGAUCUAGGGAUCUGGUUCAUCGCUACUUGGGAAUCUCUAGAUUGUUGUUCAGCUGACACCUAUAUUUUUUGUAAAUUGAUUAAUUGUGGUGAGGUGGAAUGGAAAGGGGGUAAAUAGCUAUUAAAAUAUGAACAACUA